CUUCAGAUCUACAAGUUUGAAGAUGGGCGUAACCAACAUGGUGGUGACGUGCAGCAGCCACUCACUGCACACACACAUGUUGUUCAGAUCAGAUCUCCAACUGGUUUCAGUUAUGAGGAAGUGAAACUCAGAGAGUUGUUGUGACUGAGAGGUGAAAUGGCGCAGAAAGGAGCUCAGCUCGAUCGAGAGGUCUUCUCUUGUCCGAUCUGUCUGGAUCUACUGAAGGAUCCGGUGACUACUUCAUGUGGACACAGCUACUGUAUGAACUGUAUUAAAAGCUUCUGGGAUGAAGAGGAUAAGAAGGAAACCUACAGCUGUCCUCAGUGCAGACAGACGUUCACACCGAGGCCUGUCCUGCUGAAGAGCACCAUGUUGGCAGUUUUAGUGGAUGAGCUGAAGAAGACUGGACUCCCAGCUGCUGCUGCUGAUCUCUGCUACGCUGGAGCUGAAGAUGUGGCCUGUGAUGUCUGCACUGGGAGAAAACUGAAAGCCCUCAAGUCCUGUCUCACCUGUCUGGUGUCUUACUGUAAGAAACACCUUCAACCUCAUUAUGACGCAGUUCUGUUAUCAAAACACCAGCUGGUGGAGCCCUCCAAGAAGCUCCAGGAGAACGUCUGCUCUCGUCACGGUGAGGUGAUGAAGAUUUUCUGCCGUACCGAUCAGACGCCCAUCUGUUAUCUCUGCUCAAUGGACGAACAUAAAGGCCACGACACGGUCUCAGCUGCAGCAGAACGGACGGAGAAGCAGAAAGAGCUCGAGGUGAGUCGACAAAACAUCCAGCAGAGAAUCCAGGACAGAGAGAAAGAUGCGAAGCUGCUUCAACAGGAGGUGCAGAACAUCAAUCGCUCCGCUGAUAAAACAGUGGAGGACAGCGAGAAGAUCUUCAGCGAGCUGAUCCGUCUGUUGGAGAAACGAAGCUCCGAGGUGAAGCAGCAGGUCAGAUCCCAGCAGGACGCCGAAGUGAGUCGAGUCAAAGAGCUUCAGGAGAAACUGCAGCAGGAGAUCGUUGAGCUGAAGAAGAAAGACGCUGAGCUGAAGAAACUCUCACACACAGAGGAUCACAACCAGUUUCUGCACAGCUACCCCUCACUGUCAGCACUCAGUGAGUCUACAUCCAGCAUCGAUAACCGUCCUCUGCGCUACUUUGAGGACGUGACAGCGGCUGUGUCAGAAGUCAGAGACAAACUACAGGACGUCCUGAGAGAGGAAUGGACAAAGCUCUCACUGACUGUGACUGAAGUGGAUGUUUUACUGUCAGAUUCACCAGCAGAGCCCAGGACCAGAGCUGGAUUCUUAAAAUAUUCAUGUGAGAUCACACUGGAUCCAAACACAGCAAACACAGAGCUGUUAUUAUCUGAGGGGGACAGAAAAGCAACAGCAGUGAGGAAUCAACAGUCCUAUCCAAGUCACCCAGACAGAUUCACUGGAUGGUGUCAGGUCCUGAGCAGAGAGAGUCUGACUGGACGUUGUUACUGGGAGGUGGAGUGGAGAGUGAGAGGACUUGAUGUAGCAGUUUCAUACAAGAAUAUCAGCAAAGUGGGGGUGUCGAAUGACAGAAUAUUUGGACGCAAUGACAAAUCUUGGUCAUUAGAAUGCUACAACAACAAUUAUACAUUUUGGUACAACAAUAUCAAAACGCCCGUCUCAGGUCCUUGGUCCUCCAGAGUCGGAGUGUACCUGGAUCACAGAGCAGGUAUUCUGUCCUUCUACAGCGUCUCUGAAACCAUGACCCUGCUCCACAGGGUCCAGACCACAUUCACUCAGCCUCUCUAUGCUGGACUUCGGCCUCAUUAUUAUGAAGACACUGCUGAGUUCUGUAAACUCAAAUAACCAAAGCCAUCAGUCUGGGACAGCAGGUUAAAAUGUGUUUUAUUCUUAAAGCUCCCAUAUUGUUAAUCUUUGUGGUGUUUUAUUUGAAGUUUUGACAUCCAAAAGAAGAUCUAUUUGUGGUUUUACACAGGUUUAACCACAGGUAAUGGUUUGCAGCCCUGGUGCAUGAUUUAGGAGUCAGUGUGUAAAGAGUCAGUCAGUGUGUAAAGAGUCAAACAGAUGUCUGAAUUUCUGGUAUUU